CACGCGCGCGGCGUCCGGAGCGGGGACGCGACCCGCCAUGGCCCAGUGGAGGAAGAAGAAAGGGCUCCGGCAGCGCAGGGGCGCGGCCUCCCAGGCCCGCGACAGCGACUCGGAGGACGGCGAGUUUGAGAUCCAGGCGGAAGAUGACACCCGGGCCCGAAAGCCGGGCCCCAGCCGAGCCCUGCCUACCUUUCCCAGCUCGGAGUGCGCCUCGGACGUGGAGCUGGACACCCGGCAGAUGGUGCGGGCCCAGCAGAGGAAGAAGAAGUCGGGGGGCUUCCAGUCCAUGGGCCUGAGCUACCCCGUGUUCAAGGGUGUCAUGAAGAAGGGUUAUAAGGUGCCGACGCCCAUCCAGAGGAAGACCAUCCCCGUGAUCCUGGAUGGCAAGGACGUGGUGGCCAUGGCCCGCACGGGCAGUGGCAAGACGGCCUGCUUCCUCCUGCCCAUGUUCGAGCGGCUCAAGGCCCGCAGUGCCCAGACUGGGGCCCGUGCACUGGUGCUGUCGCCCACCCGGGAGCUGGCCUUGCAGACCAUGAAGUUCACCAAAGAGCUGGGCAAAUUCACCGGCCUCAAGACGGCCCUGAUCCUUGGAGGAGACAAAAUGGAAGACCAGUUUGCGGCCCUACACGAGAAUCCCGACAUAAUCAUCGCCACCCCAGGGCGGUUGGUGCACGUGGCCGUGGAGAUGAACCUGAAGUUACAGAGUGUGGAGUAUGUCGUGUUUGACGAGGCCGACAGGCUCUUCGAGAUGGGCUUUGCUGAGCAGCUGCAGGAAAUCCUCGGCCGCCUCCCUGGGGGCCACCAGACGGUGCUGUUUUCCGCCACACUGCCCAAACUGCUGGUGGAGUUUGCUCGGGCAGGCCUCACGGAGCCUGUGCUCAUCCGCCUGGACGUGGAUGCCAAACUCAACGAGCAGCUUAAGACUUCCUUUUUCCUGGUGCGUGAGGACACCAAGGCCGCCGUGCUGCUUCACCUGCUGCGUAACGUGGUGCGGCCCCAGGACCAGACGGUGGUGUUUGUGGCCACGAAGCACCACGCAGAGUACCUGACUGAGCUGCUGACGGCCCAGGGCGUGAGCUGCGCCCACAUCUACAGUGCCCUGGACCAGACGGCCCGUAAAAUCAACCUGGCCAAGUUCACGCACGGCAAGUGCUCCACACUCAUCGUCACGGACCUGGCCGCCCGGGGCCUGGACAUCCCCCUGCUGGACAAUGUCAUCAACUACAGCUUCCCUGCCAAGGGCAAGUUGUUCCUGCACCGUGUGGGCCGCGUGGCCCGGGCCGGCCGCAGUGGCACAGCCUACUCUCUGGUGGCCCCAGACGAGCUCCCCUACCUGCUGGACUUACACCUGUUCCUGGGCCGCUCCCUGGCUCUUGCCUACCCCAGUGAGGAACCCGCAGGUGAGGCGCUGCGUGGGCUGGCAGGGGACGACGGCGUGCUGGGCCGGGUGCCACAGAGCGUGGUGGACGACGAGGACUGCAGCCUACAGCACAGCCUGGAGGCCAAGCUGGAGCUGAGGAGCCUGGGCCGUGUGGCCGACAACGCACAGCGCCAGUACGUGCGCUCGCGCCCCGCGCCCUCGCCCGAGUCCAUCAAGAGGACCAAGGAACUGGACCUGGCCGCGCUGGGCCUGCACCCGCUCUUCAGCUCACGCUGCCAGCAGGAGGAGCUGCAGCGCCUACAGCUGGUGGACAGCAUUAAGAAGUACCGUGCACGGACGACCAUCUUUGAGAUCAACGCCUCCAGCCGGGACCUGAGCUGCCAGGUGAUGCGCGCCAAGCGACAGAAAGACCGCAAAGCCAUUGCCAGCUUCCAGCAGGGGCGACAAGAGCGGCAGGAACAGCAGGAACGCCCAGCCUGCCCUGCCCCGCAGCAGGAGGAGGAAGGGGAGGAGGAGGAUACAGAACAGGGGGUGGAGACCGUCUUCGCCGAGGUCGUGGGCCGGAAGCGACGUCGGCCAGGACCCAACCCGGGAGCCAAGACCAAGAGACGGAGGGAGGAGGCCUGGCAGCGAGAGCAGGAAUUCUACGUCCCCUACCGACCCAAAGAUUUUGACAGCGAGCGGGGCCUGAGCGUCGGCGGGGCCGGGGGAGCCUUCGAGCAGCAGGUGGCUGGGGCUGUCUUGGAUCUGAUGGGGGACGAAGCGCAGACCCUGACCAGGACUCAGCAGAGACUCAAGUGGGACCGGAAGAAGAAGCGGUUUGUGGGCCAGUCAGGACAGGAGGACAAGAAGAAGAUCAAGACCGAGAGUGGCCGCUACAUCAGCAGUUCAUACAAGCGGGACCUCUACAAGAAGUGGAAACAGAAACAGAAGAUCGAUGAUCGGGACUCGGAGGAAGAAGGGGUGUCUGACCGGAGAGGCCCAGAGCGAAGGGGCAGAAAGCAAGGUCGCAGCCAAGGUGCAUCCCAGCCGCGCGCCCCAGGCGGCCCCAGCGGCCGCGUGCGCUCCGAGCUCAAGACCAAACAGCAGAUCUUGAAGCAGCGGCGCCGUGCACAGAAGAUGCGCUUCCUGCAGCGUGGGGGCCUCAAGCAGCUCUCAGCCCGCAACCGCCGCCGGGCCCAGGAGCUGCGCCAGGGCGCCUUCGGCCGCGGCGCCCCCUCCAAGAAGGGCAAGAUGAGGAAGCGGAUGUAGGCUGGGACCGGGGCUGGACAGCAGCAGGCGGCCGUGGUGCAGCGGCCUUGCAGGUCCCUGUGCGGGGGUGUUCAGAGUGGUGAUGGGGGUCUGUGUACUCCCUGGAGAGACGCUGGACUAUGGUGCUGGAGCUGCCAGUGCAGCGGCUUCCCCGUGGUCCUGGCCACGGCACUCUGAGCCCCAAGUUCUCAGGUCAAGGGCGGAGUUCACUUGGAAUAAACCUUUGCUGAGCGCC